UUCGCCAUAUCAACGCGUACGUCCCAUGCAGCGGUACCGUGUCCGUGUGUAUGAGGGGCUGGGAACGUCUGAUUUUUCCGUGGCCCUGCCAGAUUUGCCACGAAACGACAUGAUGUAGUCAUUUAGACCUACUCAAGCUUGCUGCGCACAGCGUCAAAAAUGGCCGAGAAAGUAAGUGAACGACCUCUGCAUGACGUCCUAGAGGGGCUAUUUUUAGACCAGAAGAAGGACAUUGACCUCUUGACGAGGGGCCACCUGAACCACAAUCGGCUAUGGAAGCCGCCGGAAAAGGCUUCCCAUGUGCCAUGGGAAAGCUCUGGGAAGGAGGUUCCGUUGAUGCACAAGCCUUCCCAGCUGCCUUCACCUCGCAAGUCCACGGACCACCACGUUCAGAUGACAGAUGCCAUGUACAACUUUGGUGUCGGGACAUCGGGAAGUAUUCCCGUUUCCCAGAAAGGCAAGACCGGGAAAAAGUCAAAGGACAGUCGGCCACGGAGAAAGAGCCCCAGCCCGAUUUUGUCAGUGCUCAAGGCAAAGCCAGAGAAGCCCUUGUCGACUGAGCAGAGACCAAACACAGCUGCUUCCUACAUCAGUGAUAAUGUCUACGUAGAGGAGCUCAGACUGCCCGAGCUCAUGCUCCCGGGCGCCUCGUCUGUCCCCAGACCUAAGUCCCCCCUCCGCACCGGAUCGCCCAAAUCCCUGGCCCCGCUGGAAGCUGACCCCAGGAAAGGCUCGAGCCACCCCCCGCCAGCCUUCUAUGAGAGCCACCUGAGCGGGGUGACCAAGAAGGAACAGUUCCAGCGGUUCCUGGAUUUCCAGAACAACGUGAUGAAGAAACCUGAGAUGAACCAGAGGGACGUCCUGUCAGGACGGAAGGCAGUGGAAGGCUUGGAAAGGAAACUACAGGAGGAUUUGAUGAAAUUGGAUGAGGUCCAUCGCCUGUCGGGCCCCAACUUCCCCCGCCUGCAGGUGUACAGCAACAUCUGGGACGAACUGAUCAAGGCGACGCCGGAGUUUGGCGAGAUGCUUUCCUACAUCAAGGAUGGGUAUGAGGAGUACAUGGGCUCGUUGCUGGACACCCAGAGUGGGAAACAGAGCCAGGUGCUAGCUCAGCAGGUGGAGAGCCUGGCCGGAGGCACACCCAUCGCCCCGGGGGAGGUGGAUCGAGCCCGGGAGGAGAUGUUACAGCUGGAGGAGAAGGCUAAAGAGCUGCUGGAGGAGAACGACAGAUUAAGAAAAGAGGUUCGAGAGGAAGAAGAAACGCUGGCCAACAUGCCCACUCCGGAGCCAGAGACAUCAACCCAGAAGGCAUUGCGCGACUCCCGGCAACACCGCGAGGAAAAACCAAAGGGGAUCGCAGAGCAGAUCCUGGAGCUCCAUGCUGGCAUCCUCUCCCAGAUGGACGAGUUACAUCGGCUCCGGCAAGACCUGAAGGACAACUACGUGCCCAUCUCGGUCGUCCAGAAUCUAGACCAGUGCGUGCGGGACACCGAGGCCGACGUCCUCAAAGUCCUCAGCACCAAUGAGUACCUGGAAAAGACCAUCCAGCAAUUGGAAGCUGACCUUGAAAAAAUUAUGGAGAAAACUAACACGAAUCCCGAUGACCAAAGAAAAAUCUGGAACAGCAUAAACAUGUUAUCCGCUCCGCCGACCGCUGGCGAAGACUAGCACCUGUAAGUUUGUACUGAGAUCUUCCACUGCUCAAUAUACCAGGCUGAGCUCGGAGUGGGGAAGUGGGAUUUUGUUGACCCCGCUACAGAGCAACUUAGCCAAAAACUGCAGAUAAAAGUGGCUGGAUCCAGUCUCGUACACAAAAUUGGUCUUAGCUACUUUGGAUCAGAUUAUUGAGCCUCGUUACAUCUGGGGAAAAGCAUUUGGGGAGACGGCGAGGACUGUAAGGUUUGGGGUUGACACUCGACUACUGAAGACAUCUUCACCUGAAUGAUUGCACGCGGGUUUGAAGUGGGUCAACGAUCCACGAUAUGCUCUUGGGCAAAACAUGGCUGGCGAAUCUCUUGUCCAACUUUCACGUUCGUUUCUCCAAAGGGCCAUUUUUUUUUCUUCCUACCGUCGUAGAGAUGUAAUCUGUUGAGCUGAUUAAGUGGGAAUUGGGGCAGAUAAUUAAAAGAUCUUUGGUCUCUCUACAUCCGUCAUCGUUUCUCAAGUCGUGUUUGUCUUCAUGUCAGGAGUUCUCUGGCCUUCAGAAUUAAUUUGGUGACCUGAUUAAACGGGUGGAAUUGGAGUGGAUAAUUAAAAAAAAACAUCUGUAGAAAUCGUUCAUGGACCUGUCAUGCUAAUUCCUCACCGGGGAUUGUUCUGAUGGUGCAUGAUGGGAUGCUGGUGCUUCAAACACAUCACACAGAUUAAAAACCUUGAUCAUGUUGAUUACAUAGGUAUGUAUCUGCCUUUUGGUAUUAGUGACUUUGGUGUAAAUGGGUGAGCGGUGUACAUGCUGCUUGGAUGUUGUGUAAAUCAUUUCUGAUCUUUCUUAAACCAACACACCUUCCAUGAGCUAUUGAACCUUCCAUGAACCUGUUGAGAAAGUCAAACUGACAUGUCAGGUUCUGUCCGUGGCCUCCGCUUACGAAAAACCCUGGUUUGAUUCCCACCGAGCCACUUUUUCAAGUCCUCAUGUGGAAUGGCUAGAGUUUGCAAAGGCCAUUGUUGACUGACAGAGACUGCCUCUUUAAAGCAAGGCGUGUCACUGCACAUCAGUCGCUUGUGUGUGCUGAUGACAAUGAUUAACAGCAUCGUGUUGAUUGCUGUCAGGCCGAGUGGGGACCAGUGGCCAAACAAGUGAAAAAUGCUGUUUCUCUCUUGACUUCGACAAAAAAUUCACAAGUUUAGGAGUGCUUGUGCAUUUAGAAUAAAUGAUGAAGUUGUAUACAAAGUACCUCGUAACUUAAGAUUUCAAAUCCUUUGCUAAAGUUCUGCCUGUAAGCACAAAGAAUCGAUGUAUCUGGAAUAGAUAGAAACACAAGAUUUGUAAAUACACAUCGACAUAUACGUAAAAAGUCUACCUGUUAUGAAACCUUACCAAUUAACCACAUUUUGCUUGUUUUUUAUAAGUGGUCGUGGUAUAAUUUGCAAUCAUACGUCAAACAUUAACGGUAAUACAACAAUUUUUACAUCUGUGACCGAAGAAUUACUUUGCAGUAGAUUCCUUUUUUUAAGGUUGAGGAUUUUGAUUACAUGUAAAGCAAUGUGGCAGUUGGUGAGAAAGAUUGGAUUCAGGUCGGGGUUAAUUUGUAUUGGUUUUAAUAUUGGUGUCCAAACUUUCCAUCAUUGAAAAUAAAAUCACAUCAUUGUUAUUUGCGCUAUCAUUCGAAAACACACCUCAAGAACAAAUAAUAGGUUGAAAACUG